ACUUAUUGAUACUGUGGAGGAAUAUUAGCACGGAUAUGCUCAUGCUGGGAUUUCAGCACCCCCACAUAUACACCCCACUACACACACACAUUAAUAAUAACCAGAUAAUUUAAAGAAAAAAAUUAGCAGUCUAUUAGUGAGUAAUGUCAAUAUUCAGAAUAUCCAGUUGUCCCAAUAACAACCCUUUACAGUUCUGUCCCAUUGUGGCUCAGCUCAUAUUGGCAACUAGACAAUUUUAUAUUGCAUGUGUGCAAUAUGUGGCUUUCACUGAAUUAUUUUUCUUUUUCUCAAGGCACAUUUCAUGUAGCUCAGGCUAGCCUCCAAGGUACUAUGCAAGUGGAGGUGGGUCUUGAACUCCUGAUUUUACCCUCUCUCUCUCUCCCAAGUGCUGCGAUCACAGGCAUGUACCGCCCUGCCUGGUUGUACUUUGUGUUUCUGGUAGACUGCAUUACUCGGAAGACUCAUAGCUUUGGCUUGCAGAUGGAUCACAGUCACAGUUAUUUGUUCACCUCGGAUGAGGUGAGGUGACCUGGUGGAACUUGCAAAAUGGAGAUACAAGCAGCAGGAUGUGAUAGAGCAGAGCCCUCUUUAGAGGCCUGUCAUAGGCCUAUGGAGGCAUCACCACGGUUGCUUGUGUUGUGCAUAUACCAGCUCAAGAGCCUUAUCUGAGUCCCCACACACCCCUGUUCACUGGCUGUCAGGCCUGUGCUGGCUGAUACCUCCAAUCUCCCUGGAGGCAGGUGGCUGUGUUGCAGAGCUGAGGUGGCAACAGCCCUCUGUGAGUUAGGCUCCUCCCUGCCCCCAAAGAAAGGUCUCUUUUAACAGUGGACUGCUGAGAGACUAAACAUUCUCAUCUUUCUGUGAGCAGCUUCAGGCGGGCAGGAAGGGACGGUGAGCCCCAGGCCGUGGGAACUGGUCCAGAAAGUAACUUCAGCAAUCUCUGGAUGAUGCUAUGAACUCCUGGGCCUUCCUCUUCUGCUAUUUCCUCAUCUCUGCUGUUGGCAGGAGUGGUCUGCUCCUGGGAGAGCAAGACAAGGGGCCACUAGUGCCAGAGAUGCAAAUGGGUCCCUUGUCCAAGUGUGUGUGACUAUGUCUGUGCCCAGGCACGGUUUGCGUGUGGAGUGUAUUCUUCCCACCACACAGAGAUGGUGACUUCCGGGAAGCAGAAGGACCAGUAGGAUUGACAUGGCCUCAGCUCCGUCUGUGACUAGCCUCGCAGAUGAGGUCAACUGCCCCAUCUGCCAAGGCACCCUAAGGGAGCCGAUCACCAUUGACUGUGGCCACAACUUCUGUCGUGGCUGCCUCACUCGCUACUGUGAGAUCCCGGGCCCAGAACCGGAGGAGUCCCUCAGCUGCCCACUCUGCAAAGAGCCUUUCCGCCCUGGGAGCUUUCGGCCCAACUGGCAGCUAGCCAGUGUGGUAGAGAACAUCGAACGCCUUCAGCUGGCAUCCAGUCGAGGUCCGGAGAUGGAGGAUGCCUGUCCCGAACACGGGGAGAAAGUCUACUUCUUCUGCGAGGAGGAUGAGGCACAGUUGUGUGUGGUGUGCCGUGAGGCUGGACAGCAUAGGACUCACAUUGUGCGCUUCCUGGAGGAUGCAGCAGGUCCCUACAGGGAACAAAUACAGAAGUGUCUUAUGUGUCUAAGGAAAGAGAGAGAGGAGAUUCAAGAAAUCCAAUCAAGAGAAAACAAAAGAAUACAGGUGCUCCUGACUCAGGUGGCCACCAAGAGACAACAGGUGAUUUCCCAGUUUGCACAUCUGAGCCAGUUCCUAGAGGAACAACAGAGUGUCCUUUUAGCACAGCUGGAGAGGUUAGAUGGGGACAUCCUGAAGCAACAGGAAGAGUUUGAUUCCCUGGCCACGGGGGAGAUCUGCCGGUUCAGUGCCCUGAUCGAGGAGCUGGAGGAGAAGAACAGUCGGCCAGCGAGGGGGCUCCUGAUGGAUAUCAGAAGCACUCUAAUAAGAUGUGAAACUAGAAAGUGUCGGAAACCUGAGGCUAUAUCUCCAGAGCUGGGCCAGAGGAUCCGGGACUUCCCCCAACAGGCCAUCCCUCUGCAGCAGGAGAUGAAGACAUUUCUGGGAAAACUCUGCUUUGAGUUGGACUACGAGCCAGCCCAUAUUGCUCUAGACCCCCAGACUUCCCACCCCAAGCUCCUCCUGUCCGAAGACCACCAGAGGGCUCGGUUCUCCUACAAAUGGCAGAACUCACCAGAUACUCCACAGCGUUUCGAUCGGGCCACCUGCGUCCUGGCCCAGCGUGGCUUUACAGGAGGGAGACACACUUGGGUGGUGAGUGUAGACUUGGCCCACGGAGGCAGCUGCACUGUGGGGGUGGUGAGAGAGGACGUGCGGCGGAAAGGAGAGCUGCGGCUGAGACCAGAGGAAGGAAUAUGGGCGGUGAGACUGGCUUGGGGCUUUGUCUCCGCUCUGGGCUCCUUCCCAACAAGGCUGGCGCUAGAGGAGCAACCCCGGAAGGUACAGAUAUCUCUUGACUACGAGGUAGGCUGGGUGACCUUUGCCAAUGCUGUCACCCAGGAACACAUCUAUACCUUCACUGCCUCCUUCACUCGGGAGAUCUUUCCCUUGUUUGGACUCUGGGGCAGAGGGUCUAGUUUUUCCCUGAGCUGUCGAGAAGGUGCUGUUUCCCUCCUCGGAGCUCAAAGCUGGGAUCAAGCACCCUGAGGAGCUGACCCUGGGCUGGGUCACCAGGCACAAAACAUGACUGUUUUAGACAAUAGGGAUGGCAUGUGUCAGUAAGGGACAAGGUGCUAGGACCUCAAGUCUCUCGCUGCCCAAGUCUUUCCCCAGUGCCCAUCAGAUGGUCAGGGUAUCUAGGACUGGCUGCUGCUGUUCCCACCAUUGCCGUUAAUGUCUAUAGAUGUACAAACAGUGCUGGAUUGUAAGCCUGAAGACCUGGAUUCCAGAAGUCCUGUCAUCAACCAGUUGCGUGAUUUCAAGCAAAACACUUCACCUCUUCAUUUUGUUUUCUUCCAAAAAAUGCUAGUUAAUUUAUUCAUAUCUUCAAGAAAAAUUCUAGAGGAGUCGAUAUGAUCAAAAUACACUGUAUACAUGAAUGAAAUUCUGAAAGAAUAAAUAGAAUAUUAUUUGAAAAGGAAGCAUCUUCUCUUUUCUACCAUCAUGUGCCAUACACCUGACAUGGCUUCGUACCACGGCUUCUCACAUGACUUUCAGGACCAGUAUGUGCCUUUUUUUCUGCCACCUUUAUGCCAACCAACAUCAGCCAGUGGGUGUAGCUGCUGAAACCACAGGUGGUAGAUGAGUGCCCCAGCACCAAGUGGAGGUAGAUGAGCUGGGCAAAGUGCUGAUGCCCACCCACCUUGGCCAAGCACAUUUCAUGAGAUGGCCUUAACCCAGGGAAACUCCACACCUUAGUCCUCACAGACUCAGAGAGUCCCAGGAGGAAGGACCCCAAAUACAGGGAGUUUUCUGGUGGUCAAUAUGAAAGGCAAUGACAUCAGCAGUGGCAUGGUCCUUUCGGAUUAUGUGGGCUCUGGGCCCGCCAGUGACGCUGGCCUCUGCUGCUACGUCUGGUUGGUCUACUAAGAAGGACAAGCCAUGGAAGAGCGACAAACCCAUCUUCAGCAACAGGUCUGAAGAUCACAGUGGCAAGUUCAAGGAGCCAGUCUUCCAUAGGAAGAACCACCUGGGAGCCCCUGUGGCUGGCCUGUCUCACCAAACAGAAUGGGAUGACAAGGUGCACAAGCUGCACCAGCAACUGUCUGUAAGGGUGCUAUGGAGGCCAGUGGUCCUGGGGGCCCCUCACAACAUUGUCAGGUGGUGCAAAGCGUGCUAUUUCUCUCCUUCUUUCCUGCCUCCUCGUGGGGAGGGCAAAGGCCUAGUGGCAUCUCUACCUGGUUUAACAAGGAGAGACUCUGAGUCCAGAACCAGGCACAGUCAUCUUUGGAGAUGUGUUUUUAGGGUCUUGUCCCCAGUGAGACCAGUGUGAGCCAAACUAACUGGGCUAUCUGGAUGUGUUAACCUUGU